AUGCAUUCUCUAUCUACCCUCAUCACUGUGGCUGCUUGCCUUUUCAGUACUUCUACUGCCAACCCUCUUAUGCCCCGGGCUGACACUUGGGGUGGCUCUGUGUCUCUCGGCCCUACCAAAUCGACCAUCGUCAAAGCUGUCACUACCAUCAUCCCUGGCGUCGCGCCCUCAACCCAAAAGGGCAUGCUUACUGUCUGGCCCGGAAUGUCUAACGGUACUGGCCACCUUGUCCAGACGACCCUUGAGUCCUGGCCUGACAAUUCCUGGUGCGGUGCCAAGAAGGGCGAGUGGUGCGUCCGCGCCUCACUUUUCGGAUCUUUUGGUCAGCUUGACGGGACUGCCAGCCCAGUCCGUGGCGAUCAGAAAGUCAAGAUUGCCUACACUCUCCUCUCGGACAAUGAUACAUGGCGUCAGGAAGUCACCGAUGCCGACACUGGGAAGCAACUCAGCACCUUCGAAUACAAGUCUGGUCCCUAUAUGCGUGGAUAUGGUACUGGUACUGAAUGCAACAAUAACUGCAGUCCUACUGUAGCCGAGCAGAGGUAUAUCAAUACUGAGAUUACGCUUGCCGGUGCUGAUACCAGCUUUGGGAAGACUAUUGCUACUGCUCAGGGUGCUACCUACUCCGGUCUCACUAGCACCAACGGUGGUAAGGUUUGGAAGAUUAGUGAAAUCCGGGUUCCUAAGAUGGCUUAA